UAAAUCCCAAGUGUUUCCCUAGCUGAUGAACUUUUCUCUCGAAGCAGCGUUCCACCCCCACCAAAGCAGAACGCCGCGGCGGCGUUGCUCUCCAUCCAUCAGAACUAUACAAGCGAAGGGACCAUCUAGAAGCAGCAAAUAUGUCGAGAAGGGGCUUGAUGGAGCAGGAUCUGAGCAAAUUGGAUGUAACAGAGUUGCAUCCUCUCUCCCCAGAGGUUAUAUCUCGGCAGGCCACCAUAAAUAUUGGCACCAUAGGCCAUGUGGCACAUGGGAAGUCAACAGUUGUCAAAGCAAUAUCAGGUGUUCAGACUGUUCGCUUUAAAAAUGAGUUGGAGAGAAACAUUACUAUCAAACUGGGAUAUGCUAAUGCAAAGAUAUACAAAUGUGAAGAUGAGCACUGCCCUCGACCCAUGUGCUAUAAAGCUUAUGGAAGUGGAAAGGAAGACUGUCCCAUGUGUGAUGUGCCUGGCUUUGAAAACUCCAGGAUGAAGUUGCUAAGACAUGUGUCUUUUGUUGAUUGCCCGGGUCAUGAUAUUCUCAUGGCUACCAUGCUUAAUGGAGCAGCAAUCAUGGAUGGAGCAUUACUUCUCAUUGCUGCCAAUGAAAGCUGUCCCCAACCUCAAACUUCUGAACAUCUUGCUGCUGUAGAAAUUAUGCGUCUUCAGCAUAUCAUAAUUCUUCAAAACAAAAUCGAUCUCAUUCAGGAGAAUGUUGCUAUUAACCAGCAUGAUGCUAUUCAGAAAUUCAUUCAGGGUACUGUAGCUGAUGGUGCUCCAGUGGUGCCAAUUUCUGCCCAGCUGAAAUAUAAUAUUGAUGUUGUGUGUGAAUAUAUUGUGAAGAAAAUACCAAUUCCAGAGAGGAAUUUUGUUUCACCACCAAAUAUGAUUGUGAUCCGGUCAUUUGAUGUCAAUAAGCCUGGGUUUGAGGUUGAUGAGAUAAAAGGUGGUGUUGCUGGUGGAAGUAUACUGAGGGUAUGUUUAUUCCCUUUCUAAGUGUCAAUGUUAGGUUGUAAACUUGCAUUCUGUGGCAAAUGGCACUAGUUUUGACUGAAUCCAUACUGGGUUGUCAUCAUGCCCUCCUGCUUUUUCUUUUCUUUUCUUAUUAUUAUUAUUAUUAUU